CAGCUCCAUCAACGUGUCUCCCAACACCAACCGCACCUGUCGUCUACCACUUUAACAGUGACAUCACCUGUCGAUCAGCCUACCAACAACUGCCUGUAGUGAUGAAUAUCCGCUCCGGACGCACGGGGACGUCCCUAUACUCCGGGGGGUACCGGAGCUCCCGGGCAGCCAGCGUCUAUGGCGGGGCCGGGAAGGGAAGCGUCAAGGUGUCGUACGCGUCGAACAACAGCAGUGGGUUCGACCUGGCCAACGGGCUCGGGGACAACGGCACGGGACACUCGGUCAACGGCAAGGCCACGAUGCAGAACCUCAACGAACGCCUGGCCACCUACCUGCAGAAGGUGGUCUCAUUGGAGAGCGCCAACGCGCAGCUGGAGCGGCAGAUCCGCGAGUGGUACGAGAUGAAGACGCCGCAGGUGCGGGACUACAGCAAGUACGAGAUGAUCCUUGAUGACCUCCGUCGAAAGAUCAACGUUGCCAACUUGGACAAUGCCAGAAUCCUUCUACAGAUCGACAACGCCAGGUUGGCCGCCGACGACUUCAAACUGAAGUACGACAACGAGCUUCUCAUGAGGCAGUCUGUGGAGACGGACAUCCUGGGGCUGAGGAGAGUCCGGGACGAGCUGACCAUGACCUCCAGCGACCUGGAGAUGCAGAUCGAGGGGCUGAAGGAGGAGCUCAUCUACCUGAAGAAGAACCACGAGGAGGAGCUCGCUGCGGUCCGUUGUCAGUUGAGCGCGGGCUCGGUGAAUGUGGAGGUGGACCCCGGCCCCAGACAGGACCUGAGCCUGGUCAUGGACGAGCUCCGGACCCAGUACGAGGGCAUCACGGACAAGAACCGCAAGGACAUGGAGUCCUGGUACAAGGGCAAGUUUGACGAGCUGAACAAAGUGGUGGUGACCAGCGAGGACACCCUCAACUCCUCCCGCAGUCAGAUCACCGAACUCAAGAGGACCCUGCAGUCGCUGCAGAUAGAGCUUCAGUCCCAACUCAGCCUGAAAUCUGCUAUGGAGAACCAGCUGGGGGAGACAGAGGGCCGCUACAGCCAGCAGCUGUGCCAGCUGCAGGCCAUGGUGAACAACCUGGAGUCUGAGCUCGGCCAGGUGAGAACGGACAUCGAGAGGCAGGGACAGGAGUACCAGAUGCUGCUGGGCAUCAAGACCCGCCUGGAGAUGGAGAUCGCCGAGUACAGGAGGCUCCUGGAUGGAGAAAUUACCACGACAGCCGUUGUCACGACGGUCACAAAACGUACGCCAAUCGUGACCAAAAGAGUCAAGAUGGUGAUCGAGGAGAUUGUGGAUGGUAAGGUGGUAUCUCGCACCGAAGACAUUGAUGAGGAAGUCAUUAGCAAGUGAAAACCCUGGAACCGAACAUAACUACGCAAAUCUGUGUUGAAAUGAACUCACUGAUGACCAAUAAGUUAAGAGCUACAUCCCCAUUACCCCCAUAUUGCCUCAACACACAAUGUUUUCACUGUUAAGAGGUUAAAUGUUAAGAUAUUAAUUGAUGAUGAAAUGAAUUGAAUGAAAUACAAAUAUAAUACAAAGUAUUCUUGUGAACUGAGUUAAUGAAUGAACAAUUGUUCAUGUUGAAAGACAUAUUAUGUAAGACAUCAUCCGCAAUCCAUCUAUUUGACCUUCAGUUCAAUUCAAAAUACAUUGCCAUGUUUGUACAGCAGAUGGCGCUGUUAUUCAAAAGUUCGCCACAGUAUUGUCAGAACUUCGAGGUAUUAAUCUAUGUAUAUUUCUUGUUGCUUGUAAUGACAGUACACAAAUCACAAAUAAAACGCAUCUUCUGAAUAGUCAUGCUUAUUUUGA